AAUGAAAAUCUCGCUAAAGUCUACUAACUUAUUGGAAUUCAGUAUUUUUUCAACAAUUUCAAUUUAAUUUAAAAAAUCACUGUGCAUUAUACGAGUAUCCGAACAAACCUGCUUUAUCAACAAACCGUUAAUUGUACGCAUGCGCGUCGCGUUUAUGUCCUUCUCUUUUUCUAUUGGUUUGUUUUGUGUCAUGCCCAAACCCUUGCUUGUAUUAUCCUGCUUGUAUAUUUUAUGUUUAAAUUAAUUUAAUAUAGUAAAUAUAAUUAUCCUACUUUAAUGGUACAAAAAUUAUAAACCGUUCUAAUGUAUUGUGAUGAUAAGUGCUGUGAAUAACUGUACUCAGCGCUGGGAAACUAAAGCGGCAUCGUGGAGUCACGAAAAAGAAGGUACAAGAGCGGGGUGCGCUCAGUGAGGGGCGGGGGCGGCGGGGCCGGCGCGGGCGCGGGGGGCGGCGGCCUCAAGGCGCUGCCGAAGCGCGCCCGCACUCGCUGCAGGGGAAUGAACAUGGGCCAAAAGCUGUCCGGCGGAGUAAAGUCGGUGUCGCGCGAGUGCACGGCGCCAUUCAAAGCAGUGGUGGCGCGCGAACUAGCGCCUGAGCCGCCGCGGCCCGCGCGCCUCGACGCGCUGCUGGACGCGCCGCCCGCGCACCCCGACCUGCAGCAUAAACACGCAUGGAAUCCAGAAGACAGAUCUCUGAACAUCUUCGUGAAGGAGGAGGACGCGCUGACAUUCCACAGACACCCCGUGGCGCAGAGCACGGACUGCAUCAGGGGGCGCGUGGGAUACUCGCGGGGACUGCACUGCUGGGAGGUGGUGUGGCCGGCGCGCCAACGCGGCACGCACGCCGUCGUCGGCGUCGCCACCGCGCAUGCACCGCUGCACUCAGUCGGCUACCAGAGCCUCGUCGGCGCCACUGACCAGAGCUGGGGCUGGGACUUGGGAAGAAAUAAGGUGUAUCACAAUGCGAAGGGCACGGGCGGCAGCGGCACCACGUACCCGAGCCUGCUGCGGCCCGACGAGCAGUUUCUGGUGCCCGACCGGCUGCUCGUCGUGCUAGACAUGGACGAGGGCACGCUCGCUUUCUGCGCCGACGGCCGCUACCUCGGCGUGGCGGCGCGCGGCCUUCGCGGCAAAACGCUCUACCCCAUCGUCUCCGCCGUCUGGGGCCACGCCGAGAUCACUAUGAAAUACAUCGGCGGACUCGAUCCUGAGCCACUGCCGCUAAUGGAGCUGUGCAGGCGCGUGAUACGACAGCGCGUGGGGCGCAGCAGACUGCGCGCGGCCGCAUCUCGCCUCGCGCUGCCGCCCGCGCUCACCGCGUACCUGCUGUACCGCGCGCCCUAGCGCACCCCGCGCCCCCCGCGCCCCUCGCGCACCGCCACUGCCACAGCGACAGCGUGUGACGUCACAGAGGCAACGCCCACUGCGGCUGACGUCACGCUGGCGCAAGCGACGUCGCAGCGAGCCGCGCCCCUGCACCAGCUGCAGCCCUCCGCCUCGCGACACCGCGCCCUCCUCUAGCACACGACAACCAGCCGCUGCCUGCCACCACAACAUCUGUACCGCUACUCUCCACACCCCGGAAAUACUCGCUCAACUUAAUUCUUUACUAAAAUGAAAUGUGUUCUAACAGUUGGCAUAUUAUUUGCAGCUAUUUUUAUAACAAAAGUCGCUUUGUAUCUUCAUAUUCACAAUCAAUGGCGGUGGGCAGACGUGCGGGGGGAGGGGAGGUGAGGGGAGGGGGGUAUUGCCCGCUCGGCAAGCUAGCACAUAUAAAUUCGUAGACAUGUAGUCAUAUCCUAUACAGAUUGAUUCGGGCGCGGCUGUCACUGCGCCGCUGCGUUAUACAUAACAACUGUACCAAUUUCUAAACGACUAUACUCCACAGCUUACAUACAACAAUAUAUGACCAAUACAUACAUAUAGUAGACUAUGAAUAAUUUAUCAUUUUGGUCUCUAUUCAAUCCUUAGAUGUUUAAAUCUUGUUAUUUGCUGAACACGAUUUUUUUUUAAUUCUGUGCUAAUUUUAUUCCCUACAAUGCAACUCUCGUUAACAAACGUAAAUAAAACAAACGCAUAAAGUAAAAAACGGCACAAGAAUGUAAACCUGCGAGUCGCGUCGUUUCGUGAUUGGUACAAGCUUCCAGCGCUAUUUACUUUCACACACUACAAUUUCAACAUACCAGCAUACCUUAAUUUUUAUUUUAAUGUUAUCUGUGAUAAUUAUACUUUAAAUAACAAAAAAUCCGCAGAUUGAAUCGCUUAAUCGUUAAUCGACUUUUUUUUAAUUAAAUUUACGUCUUUAAAAAGCCUGAUAUAUUAAUAGUGCUCAUUGAAUUAGGAUGUUUUUAUUCAGUUCCGACGCAGUAAUAAAAUGGUGUGCGAAUAUGGUAAUGUACCGUUACCGAUUGACAAUCUAUGGACGAUUUAAUGUACGAUAUAAUUUUUAGGUUAGAAACGGCAUUAAUUAAUUACCAAAUUUGUCUCGUUAACAUUGACCAAGUGUAAUGCAAGCCGCACUCUCGACGCCAUAUUGAUCUCUGAAGGACACGUGUUAAUGCGGACUGCGACAACUCACAAGCCUCGGCAAUUAUUAAUAUUAGAGAUGUCUUUGUUAUUGCAAGAGCAGCGGCGCUGACCGCGGGGACUAACCUUUGUAACGAAUCGAAUUUCUAAAUCGCAAUAGUGCAUACAUGAAUCUCGUGAAAUGUUUCGUGAAGUUGUAAUCAGUAUCGAUUAGGUGUAACAAAGUGCAGGCGGCCCCGCGGCCCGGCGCCCGCCGCGCUCGCGCUAGGCCAGUGUAUCGUUGGCGAAUUUACAUACUAUUUUAUAGCUCAUUAAGUGACUGGUUUUAUUUUUAGUUUAGUAUUUUUAAUUCCUAUUGUAAAAAUCGUGUGACUGUGUGGUGUAUAUAUUUACUUUGCUACACGGAUUACUUAGUUGUACGAUUAUGAAGAUAUUUUGCUAAAAUUAUUUGUCGAGCACUCGAGUGCCCGCGUUAUUCCGUGUGACGUCUUCUUUUUUAUAUUAGAUAACUAUAAAACGCAAUAAAUUUAUCAAAAUUAGUAUUUUCAAAGCACCAUACUAAAAAUGUCAGCCAUUUUGUUUUGAUUCGAAUUAGUUGAUAAAAGCGUGUAUGAAUAAGUACUUCCAUUUUAAUAAGAUUUUUUCAUAUGUAGAGUGUACGGCAAGUAGACAUCCGACGUUGACUCACUUUUGUACUCGUCAGUAUUCACAUUCCAUCUCCAGCGCAGGAAAAUGUAUUGCUUCACUACUUUAUUUUGUAAUAAAACGAGUGUUAUGUGAAUAUUGAACACUGUGAGGAAAAGUAUAUUAUUAACUGCCAAAUGCGAUACGUGUGUUGAUGUAUGAAUGUUUGUAUGUCUGUGCGUGUGUGUGUGACGUGUUCCGAGUCCUUUAGUGAACGCAUGUUCCGUGAAGGCUGUUCGUGUAAAGUCUGUGCGUUA